ACCUUUCUGUCAUGCUGAACAAAGGCUCUCUUGAGGUCCUAAUAAAUACCGGCAGUCAUAGUCAGCGUCGCGUCGUCAGACGACCUGACCAAGGRAACCUGAGCGACGGCAGAGAGCAUUCGCUACGCAUAGAGAGGCUGCCUGGCAGAUCCUUUGCAGUCCAAGUGGAUGAGGAACCCAAGAGGGAGGCGCCGCUGCCCAAUGACCAGCCAAUCAGGCUGCAGCGCAUCUUCCUCGGUGGUAUUCCAGCAGACGUGGAGCAGACAUCCAACAGAGUCAAUGUCCCAUUCCAGGGAUGCAUAUGGAACCUCAUGGUCAAUUCAGUGUAGGUUUUUGUUUUUCUUCAGUUGAUGGGUUUAGAAAACUUCAAGCAAACCAAAACWUGUCUCUACAAACUCCAUGAGAAAGUUCAGCCUGGUUAUUUGGUAAAUACCAAAUAUGAACACAGGAAGCAGUUGCUGUGUUUUGAGGUAGCUGAAAACACUGAGAAGUACGAUUUUUAUUWAAAAAAAUUUUGAGAACCCAUCUUGAAAACUGCAUUAGACUUUACGCAGCCUUUGCAAACCCUCAUCCAUCAAUGCAAACCGCUCUAGAGUUAAUUUGGCAGUGAACCCAGACCACCUUAAACGGUCUCGUUAACAGUCUCACCCUAGUGCGACUGUCAUGUUUACAUCUACAUAAAAGAACGGCGCUAAUGGAGAAGAUGAACCAGAGUUUGUUUUAACCGGACUAAACACCAGGUGUGAAAACAUCCCUCAAAGCCAUCUUGUAAACACUCUGCUGAAUUAAAGACCAGCUAAUGACUGCAGGAGAUCAAUAACGGUAUUGCUGCUGCUGUUGAUGAUGAAAGCCGGCGUUUUGUUCUGCCUGAGCAG